AUGCUCAUGGUCGCAGUGACCGAGUUCGACAAGGACCCCAAGGUGACGGCGGAUAUGAUCAAGAUCGCAACACGAGUGGAGUGCACGGGCAAGAGGGGCAGGUCGGCGGGGAAGAAGGCGAUGAUGGUGACGGUCGCAGAGGCCCUGUGGGACAUGCUCUACGCUGACGACGCGGCCAUCGUCUCGCUCACGCCGGAGAGCCUCGAAAAGAUGAUGUCC